AUGAACCUGAUCACAACCAUCCUAACCAUCACCAGCAUUCUUUCUAUAGUCCUCCUCAUCGUCUCAUUUUGACUGCCACAGAUAAACCCGGACUCAGAAAAACUGUCCCCGUACGAAUGUGGCUUUGAUCCACUCGGGUCCGCCCGACUACCUUUUUCCCUACGAUUCUUCUUAGUCGCUAUUCUUUUCCUCCUCUUCGACCUAGAAAUUGCCCUUCUUCUACCCCUGCCAUGAGGAGACCAACUCCUAUCCCCCACAGAAACCUUUUUCUGAGCCACCACAAUUCUCACCCUACUUACUCUAGGUCUAGCAUACGAAUGAACACAGGGCGGCUUAGAGUGAGCUGAAU